AUGCUCUCAGCCAUGCUCUCAGCCAUGCACCCGACCAUGCUCUCAGCCAUGCACCCGACCAUGCUCUCAGCCAUGCACCCGACCAUGCUCUCAGCCAUGCUCUCAGCCAUGCACCCGACCAUGCUCUCAGCCAUGCACCCGACCAUGCUCUCAGCCAUGCUCUCAGCCAUGCACUCAGAUAUGCACUCAGCCAUGCUCUCAGCCAUGCUCUCAGCCAUGCACUCAGAUAUGCACUCAGCCAUGCUCUCAGCCAUGCUCUCAGCCAUGCUCUCAGCCGUGCACUCAGAUAUGCACUCAUCCAUGCUCUCAGCCAUGCUCUCGGCCAUGCUCUCAAUCAUGCUCUCAACAUGCCCCGGUCAGCUUCUGCCUAUCGUCCACUGCUUCCAGCAUCCUCCACCCCUCCCUGGGCCCGCCUUCCUUCCCUUCUCAUUUCUCCCUCUCCAUCCCUUUCUUACUUUCCACCUCCGCCUCCCACAUUUCUGCCCCACCCGCUCACAGCCUGUACCCAGGGCUGCUGCCUUUCUUCUCCAGCUGCUGCGCGUGUCACUGCCGUCAUCAGCUGCUGAUUUCGCCUCGUUCCCUUCCCUUCCCUUCCCUUCCGUCAUGCCCUUCCCUUCUCAUCUCAACCCUCUUUUCAACCCGCCGCCCCUCCCGCCUUUUCCCAUCCGCUCUCAACCUGUGCUCCCAUCCCAGGGCCGCUGCUGUCAUCCUCCUUUCUUUCUUUCCUCCCACCCCCCACACCCCUUCCCCUCCCGUCCCGCCACCCCAUCCGCUCUCAGCCUGGCUGCUGCUGUGCGCCUGCCAGCAGCGAGUAACGCCGCAGACCCAUGCGCCAGACUCGUGUGUGCAGAGGAAGUGUGGGGCCAAUGCGACACAUGCGUGCUGAAGGCGUGUGUAGGCAACGCCACGUGCAUCAAGGACAGUGCUGGAGUGGCGUCCUGUGUUUGUCGCUCUGGCUUUGUGCUGCAGGCUGACAAGAGGACGCUGACAAGAGAACGUGCACUGGUGGGUGCUGUGCGGAAUGCACUGCUUGGUAUGUAUGUGCUGCUGCAUACGACCAAGAAGACAGCAAUUCGGUUAGGGUGA